CAACGACCAGAUAGGCGCGCGCACGCGUCUCUCCUAGUAACGAACUUACAUUCCACACAAAACACAAAAUCCUAUGAGUGUGUUUCCAUGUGUUUCUGUUUAUACCCGGCAACAACAAACGCAAAAUGCCCGAAAAUGUUCAGUUCCCAAAAUCGUGUGAAUUGACGGUUCUCGCGCUGAGUUGAACCAAAAAAUUAUAAGUCAGAACUCGCAUCCCUGGUACGUCCCCUAUCCUAUCGUUCAAACAAUGAUGAAAGUAAGGUUAAUCGAGACCCUCCUGCCCCAGUGAACGUGUUUUUCUGCCAGUCAAUCCGUCCCGUUCCCCGAAAAACCCCAGAAAUGUAUUCCCCCGCGGAAAUUGAGAAGAAGAGACUGCUGGCGCAGCAAAAAAAGGCCCAGCUGAACCAAAAUCGAGUCCCUCACCCUCACCCAGUGAACCCCGUGACCCCAAAGCCACCUCCCUUCAACAGCACACAGUCAGUGGCGAAGCCCCAGUCACAGAGUAAACCCCAGCCAGGAAAUCAACUCAAGUUAACCUGUGACAAUUCCCCCCCUGGUGUCAAGAGAAAACGGGAGUCCAAUCAGUCAACUGGAAGUAAACCUAAACACUUCAAGAACGUGAACACGAUCCAACCCGACACUUUUUUCGGCACCACAGAGAGGAUCAAGGCGACAUGCAGAAUGGUGACCAGCACUCGGUUCGAGGUGGAGGUGCCCUACCACGCGCAGCUGAUCGACUUCUUCAAGACAAUGGCCACGAGGGCGUACGAUCAGAAAACGAGACUCUGGAAUUUCCACAUCAACGAUUACUCCCAACUGAUCAACGGAAUCAAAUCGCAGUUCACUGGGCACGUCGACGUCUCUGGGAUCCCUCAGUUCGUCCUCCAAACGUUCAAGACCGAGUUGAAGAGGAAGCCCGAGACGACUGAGGCAGAUCUGUCGAGGAUAGACAACACGCUGAUCUCCAAGUUGAUGCCUUUCCAGCGGGACGGAAUCCUCUUUGGAAUCCAGAAGAAUGGCCGGUGCAUGAUCGCCGAUGAGAUGGGGCUGGGCAAGACGAUCCAAGCCCUGGGGAUUGCACAUUACUUCAAAGCGAGCUGGCCACUGCUCAUCGUCACACCGUCCUCGAUAAGGUACCAGUGGUCAGAGGCUAUUCACGAUUUUCUGCCGUCAGUCCCCUACCAGCACAUCUUUCAUUACACUAGUGGCAGGGAUCGCCUCGAGAAAGAGAAGAUUACGAUUGUUUCUUAUGAUUUGUUGUCCAGGAAUAUUACCACGUUUGAGAAGAAGUCAUUUGGCUUCGUCAUCUUUGAUGAGUCCCACACCCUGAAAAGCCACAAAACCGACAGAACAAAAGCAGCCAAGAAAAUAUCAUCAGCAGCAAGGCACGUCCUGCUGUUGACUGGGACUCCAGCCCUGUCGAGGCCCAUCGAGCUCUUCUCCCAGAUAUGCCUGGUGAAUCCUAAGUGGAUAGAACUCAAAGACUACGGGAUUCGAUACUGCGAGGCCAAAAGGGGCCACUUUGGAUGGGAUUAUUCGGGAGUUUGCAACACCACAGAACUGCAGUUACUCCUGAAAGCCUCCUUCCUGAUCAGACGAUUGAAAUCAGAGGUAUUGACACAGCUCCCCGAUAAAAUACGACAAGUCGUCAUGCUCGACCCUGAAUUGAUCAAAGAGGGGACGAAAGAGAUGAAGAAAAUGGCCGAGAAACUCCAAGAAAAUACGUUGAAAGGCUUCGAAAAGCACGCCGAGUUGUUGAGGUACUACUCGGAGUCCAGUAAACUGAGGCUGACUGCUGUUGCGAAUUACGUCAAGGACCUGAUCGACAAGAAGCAAAAAUUCCUCAUUUUCGCCCACCACCAGUGUGUCCUCGACAAAAUCUCAGAGGUUUUGGAUAAGAAUAAAGUCAAAUAUAUUCGUAUCGAUGGCAAGACAAAUGCAGACAUCAGAAAACGAAAUGUUGAUCAAUUUCAAGAGUCAUCUGAUUGUCUGGUUGCUGUCUUGUCCAUAACUGCUGCUAAUUCUGGACUUACGCUCACUGCUGCCAGUCUCGUUGUCUUUGCUGAGCUCUAUUGGAAUCCUGCGGAGCUGAGUCAAGCUGAAGCCAGAGCCCAUCGCAUUGGUCAACGAAACUACGUGAUAAUCCAGUAUUUGAUAGCGAAAGGCACAGUAGAUGACAUCCUCUGGCCGCUGCUGCAGACCAAAGCUAAUUUCCUGAAGAACGCUGGCUUGGACCAGAACUUCUCCCUCUCCCAAGCUGAACUGAUGCAUCAACCGAACGACGAGCCCUCCACCACCGACGAUAAGCGAGGGACCUUGGAGUCCUUCGGAUUCUCCCAAACGAUCUCGCUGAGCCAGCAGGAGGAAUUCCUGACCCCCAUGGAGGCAUUCUCCGACAAACCGCAGACUAAUACGUCGCGCGGUAGUUCUACCUCAGUUGAGAGCCCUCAGAAGACUGCCGAAUGUGAUAAUGUCUCGGUGUCUGAGGAUCUCGCUAAAUUAUUGGAGGACGAUGACGAGGAUUUUGAGAACAUAGACCUCGAUAACAUAACUUGAAUAUUCAUUCGUCGAGCUAUUUUUUACGAAUAAAAUGUGAUGUUUUUUGUACAGCAGGGGCACUGGAUUUGGUGAAUAAUCAUUCAUUUUUCCUCGCAA